ACCUGAAACUGUAAGAAGAAUGUCCUGAUCAAUGAAAGAGGAGAAUAAUGGAAAUUACGUAUUUUCCAUCUGACAGAGAGUCCUGCAGUGCUACAUGAGGUGUUCUUUUUCUGACAGCUUUUAUUCUAUGCGAUUGGCUCAGAUUAUAGCUCACCUGCAGAGUCGCCCUGAGGGAAGCUGGACUUUGGCUGCUCAGUUCCAAUGCUGAGCAAGACAGGAUUUAACUUGUUCCUUUCACCAGUCAGGAACAGAACUCUUUCGCCAACAUUGCUUUGGUGGUGGUCAUGAUAUAGUUUGUAGGAAUCAAGCUCAAAGAUGCAUCAUUUUGUAGCAAAUAAGUUUCAUGGCUGAUUGCAUCUGGUUGGUCCUGCCAGGGCUGUGUGAUGUAAAGUAGUCACUAAUUCUGUACACACCUCCGUUUUUCCCUGACAUUUCCCACUGCUCCCACCAUAAGAACUAGAAUAAAUGAGUUUGCUUUCAUGUCUGCGUUUUCUGUAUCAGGCCUGAAGAUUUAACCGACUUGGGCUCAGUCAGAUCAAUUAUCCCUAUGGGCUUUUGAAGCUGCCUUCACAAAUGCUGCUUCCCUGCAACUCUUACUCAUGUGAAUCGUCCCAUUAAAGUCAAUAGCCCUGCUAGAUGUUCUCAAUUAAAACACAGCUGAGAAUAAAACAUUAUAUAAUAUUUGAAGAAGGGCACAUCGAGCAGACUUUGAGUUUCAGUGUGGGAUAAUGUCAGUGUCAUUUCCUAAAGCCUCCAUGCUGUCUUGUGCUGAUCACAAGGGGCUGUAAACCACUCCAUCCUCAGAAUUCAGCUGUAUUCCACCCUGUGCCCCCACGUAAAAGUUUCAUCCACUAAACAGCCUUCACCAAGCGAGGCAAUGGGAAUUCUGCACUUCAGUAGCCCCCGUUUGCAUGCUGCUCUUCUUAAUAACUGGGUGCAGUAAUUACUGUGCAUCAUUUGGAGCCAUCAGACGCAGAUUUGAAAUACUGAAUAAUUCUUAAUGGUUUAUUGUUGAGUUCCUUAAGUUAGAACAAAAAUUAAAUACUAAUUUGCCUCUCCUGGAGAAACCACGGCCAGGCAAUCAGAUCCUUUGCUACUCGGCCAUAAUGCCAUCCUGAAAGUGGUCCAAAUCGGGAUGAUGACUCGGGACAUAAUUAACACUCAGCUUUGACAUAAUGAAGGUCUAUUAUUUUAUGAAGAAAGAUUUCCUGGGCUUUAAGAAAUAAAAUGAUUAGAAAACGAUGUGCUCUGCGGGAGGUAAUGAGAUUAGCCCGACCCAGGGUCCUGCGGAGCUCCAACUGCUCCAGAUGCAGGGAAAGGAGGGGAGGAGAGGGAAAAGGAGGGGAGGAGAGGGGAAGGGAGGGGAGCGGAGGAGAGGGGAGUGGAGGGCUCAGCCUUGCGGUGCGGAUCGCAGGGUACAAUUGUAAGGUCAGGGAAGGGCUGUGUGUUUCCUCGCCACGGUGAAGAAAUCCCUUCGCAGCUCUCCGCCUCAGGAGUUAAUGGGGGACAACUUAAAACGAGCUAAUGGGGACAGGGCGCUCCGAGCCCCACAGCGAGGAGCCGAAGGGGUACGUGAGCAUAAGGGCUGCGCGAGCCCAACGGGUUCGCGGGGUUCCUCGCCGGGGGGCUCUCCGCUCCCAGCCCCGAUGAGGGGCGGGCUGUGGGCCGGGCCUCACCGCCCCUUUAUAGGGUUUGGAGGGUGGUGGGCGGCUGCUGCUGAGAGGGGCGCGGAGCAGCGCGCGAUGGGAGCGGUGUGGCUGUGCCUCGGGCUGGGCUGGGCGCUGGCGGCCCGAGUGAGCAGAGCGGAGGAGCCGAGACUGCAGCGGGGCAUGCCAAAUGUCUGCCCCGUGUUGGAGCUGGUGCUGGUGGGACACCAACAGCCAUGUGUUCAGGCCUUCAGCCGCAUGGUGAAGAUGUGGAAACAGGGCUGCACAGGGAGGAGGUGGUGCAUGGGAUACGAGAGGAGGUCCGGUUACUACACUGUGUACAAGCAGGUGUACAGAAUGGAGCACCAGACUGUCUACAAGUGCUGCCCUGGGUGGGCUCAACACAACAGCGAACCUGGCUGCUUGCAUAUGCUGUGUGCUGCUGACACUUGCUUCAAUGGAGGGAAGUGUUCUAAAGAAGGACCUCACGUGUGCCAAUGUCCUGCAGGAUUUCAGGGUCCUCGCUGCCAGUAUGAUGUAAACGAGUGCAGCACUGAGAACGGAGGCUGUCAGGACCAGUGCUGUAACACCAUUGGCAGCUACCACUGCAAAUGUCCAGCUGGCCAGAAACUGGGGGAAGAUGGGAAAUCGUGUGGAGAUGUGGAUGAGUGUGCAGAGGUGAAUGGAGGCUGCCAGCAGGGCUGCAUCAACACCCACGGCUCCUUCCACUGCCGCUGUCAGACAGGAUACAGGCUGCACUCCGAUGGUCGCACGUGCUUGAUGAUAGACCCCUGCACAAGUGGGAAUGGAGGAUGCUCACAAAUCUGUCAAAAUGAGAGAGGAACUGCCAAAUGCGAGUGUCACCCAGGGCAUUAUCUUUCUACAGACAAGAAGACCUGCUUAGACAUUGACGAGUGUGCAGAAGGGAGAGCCAGGUGUGCUCAUCGCUGUGUGAACACGCUGGGAUCCUUCACCUGUGCCUGUAAUCCCGGCUUCGAGCUGGGGGCUGAUGGGAAGCAGUGCUACCGCAUUGAAAUGGAGAUAGUGGACAGCUGCCAGGAGGACAACGGUGGAUGCUCCCAUGGCUGUGAGCACACAGCAACAGGGCCACGCUGCUCCUGCCAUGAUGGCUACGUGCUCAGCUCAGAUGGCAAGGCAUGCACAGACCUGGAUGAAUGCGAGACCGGCGAGUCGUGCUGCUCCCAGUUCUGCAUCAACUACGUGGGCAGCUACGAGUGCACCUGUAGAGCAGGCUUCCAGCCCAGUGCUGACGGCUGUGGUUGCGAUGACAUGGAUGAAUGUCGUCUUGAGAAUGGCAACUGCGAUCACAUCUGCAUUAAUUCCCUGGGGUCGUAUGAAUGUGCCUGCAAGGAAGGGUUCCGGCUGGGCGCUGACCAGCGCUCCUGUAUCGUGUUAGGAGGGGACUCAGCAGUGUCGGGCUUCGCAGGGGCUCCGGGGCUGCAGUUCAGAGGUGCCCCCCAGCUCCUGCACUACGUGCUCGGGGCCCCAGGUGAGGAUGAGGAUCAGCGAGGGGAGCUGACGCUGGUGCACAGAGCCGUUUGCCUUGAUAAUACUUUUGGCAAUGACUGCAGCUUGAGCUGUGAGGAUUGUAUGAACGGAGGCAGAUGUAACAGUGAGAACAGUGGCUGUGUUUGCUCACCUGGGUGGACCGGCAUUAUCUGCAACGAAACCUGCUCCCAGGGCACAUACGGUGAUGGUUGUGCCAGUACCUGCACGUGCCAGAACGGAGGCUCCUGUGACCCCAUCACAGGGCUGUGUCACUGCCCACCAGGAGUCCAGGGGCCAUUUUGUGAAGACGGAUGUCCCAAGGGAUUUUUUGGGAAGAACUGCAACAAACCAUGCCACUGUGCCAACAGCGGCCAUUGCCACCGGCUGUAUGGAGCCUGCUUGUGUGACCCCGGGCUGUACGGUCGCUUCUGCCACCUCACCUGUCCCAGGUGGGCUUUCGGUGUGGGCUGCUCACAGGAGUGUCAAUGUGUGAAGGAGCACACGCUGGGAUGCAGUGCACAGAAUGGGACCUGCAGCUGCAAGCCUGGAUAUCAUGGCAAGAAGUGCCAGAAAGCAUGCACACCCGGCUUUUAUGGGGCUGGUUGCAAACUGAGGUGCAACUGUUCCACCGAUGUUUUGUGCGACCACGAGACAGGAGCCUGCAAGCAUCCAUGCCCACCUGGUUUCCAUGGAGAAAAAUGCCAUUCCUCCUGCCCUGUUGGAUACUACGGACAAAACUGCUUGCUGCCAUGCAGCUGCAGCAAUGAUGCUUUGUGUCACCACAUCACUGGGGAGUGCAUGUGUCCCCCUGGCUGGACUGGCCACGACUGCAAGCACCCCUGCAAUAGCGGCCACUGGGGACAGCGCUGUGAAAACUCCUGUGCCUGCAAUAACAGCGAUGGGAGCUGCGAUCCUGUCACCGGGUCCUGCUUCUGUGAGCCAGGAUUCACUGGGAAGCACUGCGAGCAGAGAUGUCCUGAAGGAAGCUUUGGUCCCAGCUGCAUGCACAGCUGCCAGUGCCAGAACGGGGCUGCGUGUGACCACGUGAGCGGAGCCUGCAUGUGCAGUGCUGGAUGGACUGGCACCUUCUGUGAGAAAGCUUGCCCAGAAGGAUUUUUUGGGCUUGACUGCCACCAGGUGUGCAACUGCAAGAACGCUGCAGGCUGUGACCAUGUCCUGGGGACGUGCAGCUGCCUCCCAGGCUGGAGGGGUGAGACCUGUGAGCAGCCCUGUCCUCAGGGCUGGCACGGUGCCGGCUGCCUGCAGCGCUGCAUCUGCCCUGGCCAGACUGCAUGUGACCCCGUGACCGGCGAGUGCCAGUGUCCCAAGGGCCGGACAGGGACAUCCUGUGAGCUUGCGUGUCCCCCAGGAUAUUUUGGAGAGAGGUGUGAGGAGCAAUGUGACUGCAUUCACAGCGUGUCCUGCCACCCCCAAACAGGGGCUUGUCGCUGUGCCAAGGGGUGGCGAGGCAGGCACUGUGACAAACCCUGCUUGCCUGGCCACUACGGUGUGGGUUGUGCCCGGCGGUGCCGCUGCCCUGCAGGCAUCCCCUGCCACCACCUGACCGGUGAGUGCGGCUGUCCUCCGGGAUUCACUGGCCAUGGCUGCGAGAGAACUUGUCCACCAAACACGUAUGGCCAGAGCUGCAGCCAAACCUGUCGCUGCCGUGCUGAGGAGGACUGUCACCCCAUCACUGGGCAGUGUGUGUGCCACCCAGGGUACCACGGGGCCCAGUGUGACCGCCGGUGUCCAAAAGGUACUUACGGUUCAAACUGCCAAAAAUCCUGUAAAUGCAUGAAUGGAGGCCAUUGCGACCCAGUGUCGGGAACUUGUGAUUGCGCGCCUGGUUUCAUUGGAGCUGACUGUAGUAAAACUUGCCCAGAAAAUCGAUACGGGAAGGACUGCGCCCUGUUUUGUGCAUGUGGUAAAGGUCAGUGUGACCCACGGACUGGCAGCUGUACCUGUCCUCCUGGCCAAAUGGGACCUGGCUGUCAGCAAGUGUGUCCCCAGGGACGGUUCGGCCCCAGCUGCCGCCUGACAUGCAGCUGUCAGAACGGUGCUAUCUGUGACCACGUGGAUGGCAGCUGCACUUGUGGACUCGGCUGGACAGGAAAAUCGUGUGAGAAAGAAUGUCUCCCUGGCAAGUAUGGCCCCAGCUGUAGCUUGGACUGCUCAUGCCAGCACAACAGCACCUGCGACAGGUUCACGGGCUGCUGCCACUGCCCAGCAGGGUUCUACGGGCGCUCCUGUGAGCAUGGGUGCCCCCCCGGGUUUUAUGGGCUGAGCUGCCUUCAUGCAUGUGCCUGUAAAAACGGAGCGAGCUGCGAUGCCGUGAUGGGGCAGUGCGUUUGUCCCUCGGGGUACCAUGGUAUCCACUGCGAGAAAGGCUGUGCCAGUGGGCGCUUCGGUGAGCGGUGCCAGCACCGGUGUGACUGUGGAGGAGCUCCUUGCAACCCAGCCACUGGGAAGUGCCUCUGCCCACCUGGAAAGACUGGGGACAAAUGUGACAUUGGCUGCCGGUCAGACCAGUAUGGCCCCGACUGCUCCCUGCGAUGCCAGUGUGCCAGCAAGUCCCAGUGCAACCCAUACAAUGGGAAAUGUGUCUGUCCAGCCACUUGGAUGGGGCCAACCUGCAAGGAAGGUGGCCCUCCAAAGCUUCCUUUUUAUGAAGAACAAACUCAAGAAGGAGGGAAUAUUUUUCCGAGAGCUCUACAACAGUAACAUUUGGACUAAUAAAUGAACUCUUUUAUGUGCACAGACGGUAUUUGAAUUUGGAUAUGAAAACAGGUAUUCAAUUCAGCUUGAAUUGUACUGAAGUAUUCACACUUCUUAUGGAAGACUACAGAGGCCAUUUAGUAGCUGGUUCCUUUUAAAAAGUUGAAUCUGUUUCAUGUAUUUAUUCCUAGCCUGUUGCCUCUCCAUUAGUCUACUUGGGACAUUCUUUCUGAUAUGUAGUAUAAUUCAUUGCUUGAAAGCUUGGACAUGUGGGUUUUUUGUGUUCUUUUUGCUUUUUGUAAAACCAGCUCCAAAGAGGAUCAGUAACAUACCAAUUUAAAGUGAGCCAUGCCAUGCUAAAUGAGCAUUUAACAGAUUACGAAGCUAAUGCAGGUUCACUGCAAAAUCACGUUGCUCAGAAACCAGUGGGAUUCACCAAAGUAGUUCCUCUGUGAAAAACAUCGUAUGUUCUAGAAAAGCAUCCAGUCUUAAAAUUACAGCUGGUGAGGAAUCUGCCACAAUCUUUGAUAAGUUAUUCAUUCAUUUGAGAAUACAUUUCAGUGUGAAUUGGCUGACUGGAAGGUCUCCAUCCAUAUCUUGUUUGCAUCCGAGGCUCCUUUCUGAAGAGCACAAUGUUAAUUGUCAGGCUCCUCUGGUUUUCGGUGUUCUCCCAUCUCAUCAGUGGAGUUUCUCAGCAGUUUGUGAAGUCAAACUGUACAGCAGUUCUUGUAAAACUUUCUUACAAUGGAGGAAGCUUUAUCUUGGAUGGAGAAAGCAGAUAGUGAGGAUAGAGAUGUAACAAUAAUCUGUGUUCUCUUUUUGUAAAGGAUUAUAAUGUGCUCUUACCACACAGAAAUUUAAUUAGCAGCCUUAACAAGUCCUGAUACCAUCCAGCAGCUGCUGUUGGUCACCUAGAACAGCAUUUUGGUGCUAUUUUUGUCUGUUUAGACAGGCAGUUCUUUAAUAUAGGACCAAGUCAUUAUUAAGAAAUAAUAUUCUUUAUUUUAGUAUUCUGAGUUAACAAGGCUAAAAGAUUUCAGAGUAACUCUUUGUACUUCUCUUUAGGUUAAGAGUUACAAAACGUGCUCAGUAACCUCUUGAGUCUUACUAAAUCAGGGGUGCCCUUGGUCAGGACCAUGGGCUCUGUUGACCAGGUAGCACAAACUGUUCCAGGUUUUGUGUUCGUGCUGGCAUUACCAUUCACACACCACCACAAAUCACAACUGUGCAAGGGAUUUUUGCCAUAGAAGAGAGAAAGUGGCAAUAAUUGAUGCUCACUUGUGAUUUUUAAUAAUGUUUAUGUUUGCAAUUGGAUAAUGAGUAUGUGAAGCAACAGUUACCUCUUGGUUCUCCUCAAGUCCUUAACCAAUAUGUCUGGUUUGAAGCAAAUAAUGCUUGCUCACCUGGAA